UGAGGCAUAACCAAACAUCACUUUGAAGAAAUAGUGUAUCCUGCAUCUAAGAUUUGUUAAAGAUGAGACCAAAGAUUUAUCUUUUUGGCGACUCCAUCACUGAAGUUUCCUUUGGUGAUGGUGUUUGGGCUGCCUCUCUCAGCAACCAUUUCUCUCGCACGGUUGAUGUGGUGCUGAAAGGGCAUAGCGGGUACAAUACCUGGUGGGCUCUUAAGGUGGCAGAGAGGAUAUUUCCGCCGGCGGGAAGUGGUGGUGCGCCGACUUUGGCUGUUACUGUGUUUUUUGGUGCUAACGAUGCUUGCCUUUCCGAUAGAUACGCUGCCUUUCUACACGUGCCUCUCCAUGAAUACAAGCAGAACCUUCACUCUCUCAUCUCAUUUUUCAAGAAGCGUUGGGCAGAGACUGUCAUUCUCCUCGUCACUCCUCCUCCAAUUGACGAAGAUGCACGCCUCCGGCAUCCAUACAUGGAGAACCCAUCAGGUCUACCUGAGAGGACAAAUGAAGCUGCUGGUGCUUAUGCUCAGGCAUGCAUUUCCGUUGCCAAAGAAUGUGGAUGCCCAGUGGUGGAUCUCUGGACCAAAAUACAAGAGUUUCCUGACUGGAAGGAAGCUUGUCUAUGCGAUAGCUUGCAUCUUACUCAGACUGGCAACAGGAUUGUGUUCGAGGAAGUGGUCAAGAUACUGGAGGAGCAGGGCUUAAGUCCAGAGAAUUUGCCAGUUGAGGCCCCACUUUUCGCCGACAUUGACCCUAAGGAUCCACUCAAGGCAUUUGAGGGUUAUUAAUGUAUUGUUUGUAAGUUGCUCUAUUCAAAGGUUGACAUCAUUUUGAGAAAAGCACAAUUUCAAACAUUCAGAAUGGUGACUCACUCUCUGAAUUCCUGUGAAUGUAGCUCGUUAUGUCAUAAUAAUCACGUUUGUUGUUAUGUUCUUCUAGAUCAUGAAAGCCAAGGAUCAUAUCGCA